AUGACUUUCACUCCUCUGCCCACUGAUGAGAAGGCUAUUGCCACGAUCCGUGCGUAUCGCUUAUCUUCAUCGAUGUUCCUCGCUGCCAAUCCUCAGCCAGGUUGCUCAGCUCACAUGUGCCGCACCGCCAAUUCUGCGCUAUGACAGGCACUCUCGCUGCGGACAUCGUGUUCAAGUCCAACUCUGGUCACCCUGGUAUGCCCAUGGGUAUGGUGAGUUGGCAUGAGCUCGCUCAGAAGAUCUCCCAGAUAGGCUAGCUGACGCAGCUUCUUGCGCUCUUUAGGCUCCAAUUGCCCACUUGCUCUUCUCUCGGUAAGUGUAGUUGUGGCGGAGUCCCCGCAAGCUCAGGCAGAGUAGCCGGAUCGACUGGGCGGAGCCGUUCGCACACUCGACUCGCUGGCCUAAAAAAACCCGGAAGGCUGUUUUGUAGCUGACUUCCUUCCCUGUGCAUGCGCUUGCGUCACGCAGCUUCUUCACAGCAAGCGGCAAGGACCCCAAGUGGGUGAGUUAUCGAGGCUUUGUGUGAAUGUCAGCAGUCCGAUGCUCACUUCGCCCCUUGCCUUCUCACUUGUAGAUCAACCGCGACAGGUGAGCAUUUGAAGGCGAAGCAUCGCUACCUUUGUGAUGCGAAAGAACUCAAAUUGCUUACGUGAGCCUAAUCAACGAUGCAGAUUUGUUCUGAGCAAUGGUCACGGAUGCGCUCUUCAGUACAUCAUGCUGCACCUUCUCGGUUACAACAUCUCUCUUGAUGACCUCAAGACUUUCAGGUGCGUAUUUCAAGAAAGUCGGUCACGCCCUUUUCAGGCACAAGUCUGACACAAGCUUCUUGCCUUUGCAUCCAGACAACUCGACUCAAAGUGCCCAGGUCACCCCGAGACCAAUCACGGCGUUGACGGCAUUGAGGUCACAACCGGCCCUCUUGGUCAAGGUGAGUCCCAGCGAUCACUGACACAUGCGGUUGGCGCGAAUUUCAAGCUUAUAGGCGGCUUGAUUUCAAUCCUCAAGGUUUCUCGAACGCUGUGGGUCUGGCCAUUGCACAAGCAAACGCAGCAGCGACUUUCAACAAGGAUGGCGCAGAGCUGUUCACCAACAAGACUUACACCUUCCUCGGUGAUGGUUGCUUGAUGGAGGGUAUCGCAAGCGAGGCCGCGUCCCUCGCUGGCCACUUGAAGCUUGGAAACAUGAUCUGCGUUUACGAUGACAACCACAUCUCCAUCGAUGGUGACACUGCUUGCUCGUUCACCGAAGAUGUCGAGCAGCGCUUCUUGGCCUACGACUGGCACGUUCUAGCUGGUAAGUGGGAAACUCCUGAGAGGCGGUGAGCCCUUCGUGUGGCCAUACUGACCCGGCAUUCCACAACUGUUCCCAGUCAACGAUGGUGACAAGGACCUUGCUGCCAUGUAUGCGGCAAUCGAGGAGGCCCACAAGGUCACUGACAAGCCCACUCUCAUUCGUUUGAAGACCACCAUCGGUUUCGGCUCUAAGAUCCAGGGUGGCGCUGGCACACACGGAGCUCCUCUGAAGGCCGAUGACAUUGAACAGGUCAAGACCAAGUUCGGCUUUGACCCCAAGCAAAACUUUGUCGUUCCCGACGAGGUUGUUAAGGCGUACGGCGAGGUGCAGCAGCGCGGAACCAAGGCGAUCGAGGCCUGGAACAAGGUCUUCGCGGAUUACGGCAAGAAGCACUCGGCCGAGCACGCUGAGCUUCAGCGCCGUAUCGAAGGCAAGCUUCCUCAGGGAUGGGAGAGCGCUCUGCCGACAUACAAGCCCACCGACUCCGCUGUCGCCUCGCGCAAGCUCUCAGAGGGUGUCCUCGCCAAGCUUGCUGUGGCCCUGCCCGAAUUGCUUGGUGGCUCCGCCGAUUUGACUGGCUCAAACUUGACUCGUUGGGGCGACGCAGUCGACUUCCAGCACCCAUCGACCCGUCUUGGCGACUACUCUGGACGCUACAUCCGUUACGGUGUCCGUGAGCACGCCAUGGGCGCUAUCAUGAACGGCCUCAACGCCUACGGCCUGCACAUUCCUACCUCUGGAACUUUCCUCAACUUCGUCUCUUACGCUGUCGGUGCUGUUCGAUUGUCUGCCCUCUCUAAGCACCAGGUCAUCUGGGUCGCCACCCACGACUCUAUUGGUCUUGGUGAGGACGGUCCGACUCACCAGCCUAUCGAGACUGCCGGUGCACUGCGUGCUAUCCCUAACCUCAACUUCUGGCGCCCUGCUGAUGGAAACGAGGUUAGCGCCGCCUACAAGGUCGCCAUCGAGAGCAGGAACACUCCUUCUGUCCUUGCGCUCUCUCGUCAGAACUUGCCCCAGCUCGAAGGAUCCAGCAUCGAGAAGGCAAGCAAGGGUGGUUACGUUGUCAAGGAGGCUCCCGGUGGCAAGGCUGACAUCAUCCUGGUCGCCACUGGAAGUGAAGUCGCUAUCUCGGUCGACGCCGCAUCCGCUCUCAAGGAGAACGGCAUCAACGCUCGUGUCGUGUCUUUGCCCUCUUGGCACACCUUUGAGCAACAGCCUUACGAGUACCGCCUCAGCGUUCUGCCCAGCGGCCAGCCCAUCCUUUCCGUCGAGGUGUACAGCCGCGUUGGAUGGCAAGCUUACUCUCACGUUCAACACUCCAUCGACCGCUUCGGUGCCAGUGCACCCGCUGGCGCCUUGUACAAGAAGUUCGGCUUCACCCCUGAGGUUAUUGCGGAGAAGUCGCAGAAGAUUAUUGCGCACUACAAGGCUCAGAGCAUCAAGGCCGUCUCUCCCGUCGAACUUCACGCCGCCUUUGUGUCCGAGUAG